AUGGACGACAUGGAAUCCAAGACGGCUUAUUUCAAUCAACUCUCAAGCUUUUCCUUCAUAAAUGAUGGGAUGCGCGAUGACGACGCUUUCGAUGCGCGCGAGGAGAGACAGAGAGAGCUUCAUAGGGGCUUCUUUCAGCCCGCGCCCAGCUUACAUGCCCCUGAUCAAGAAGACCAAACGCAAAGACAUGAACAAAGAACACAGCAGGACCAACAAGCUCGAAAGCAACAAGACAAAUCUCUGCCUGUCAAGUCAAGGCGGCUGCAGCAUCUUACGCCCCGAAAAGUUAUCGCCGCGCCUCGACCCGAGUCUGGAAAAGUCAUUAAGGGGACUGGACCGGGGAAGCCGAGGCCAAAGGGGCGGCUUGGCGCGCUGUUGGAUGGCGUGACAGAUGUUGUUCAAGAGACACCUUCUGUGAACUUAGAAAAGAGAGGCAAAGAGGUGAUUGUGAUUGAAGAUGGUCCCGAACUGCCUCGGACGUCAGCAUCGUUGAAGAGAUCGUUGGAAAGUGCCUCUGAAGAGUCAUCAUCACCGUCUGUUAACGUCAAGGCUGGGAUGACGACAAAGGCAGCACGUGGUAAUAAGAGAGGGCGUAUUUCAGGACCGAAUGCGCGCCCCGAGGCUGAGCAGAUAUUCAAGGGCUUGUCGUUCUUUUACAUCCCGGACAAUGACAUUGCGCCGGCAAGGCGGUUGCGAAUCAACAGAGCAAAGGAGUUUGGAGCGACAUGGACGAGAGACCUGAUGAUGGCUACCCAUGUCGUGGUGGAGAAGAAGCUUGAGUACAGGGAUGUUGAGAAGCUGUGGCCAAAGGAUGGAUUUGGGGAUCGAGCGCCGCCAAAGGUGGUUACGGAGGACUACCCUCUUGAUUGCAUCCAGUUUCGUGCCAUUGUGGAUGCUAGCCAGCGCAAGUAUCUUGUGAAUGGCCAACCAGAGGUGGAUGAACGGGGAAAAGAGCCCGAGAUUCCUGUUCCUACUACUAAUUCCGGAGCCCAGGAGAAACCGAAGUCGAAAUUGACAGUUAGCUCGCUACCGCUGAAACCGCAGCAUCAUAACAAAGCGAAAUGGGACUAUGUUCCACCAAAAGGGACGCCUUCACAGAGCGAGGAAUCGUCACUAGGCAGUCGUGUGACAAGGAGCAGGACUGGAGCGGUGGCCGUAGACUCUCAACCUGUUGUGCUUGAUUUGGAAGAUGCUGGCGAGCCCAAGAAGGACAUAUCGAACGACGAGUUGUCAGAAUACAUCUUAAUGCUGCAAGAGUUUAAGGAUUUACCACUAGAUAUUGACGAGGAGGAGGAUGUUCAGUCUACGAGUAACGAAGCGGAAGCUCCAUUGGAUCGCGAUCAUCGUUAUGAAUCGGAGACCGAAUCACAGCGGACGAGGAGAUCGUCCAGGAGGACUCGACCAACCAGCAAAGCAAUAGCAUUCGAAGACCGAUUCGCUUGCAAUAGAGCCGGGAGGAAAGAUGCUAACCAAAACAAUCCAAACGCACGCACUAUUGAGAUAUUACAAAAGAUGAACAGCUACUACGAAAGGGUCAACGACCAUUGGCGGACAAUUGCGUACCGAAAGGCCAUCAGCAUCUUGAAACAGCAGAGCGUCAAGAUUACCACCGAAGAAGAAGCAUAUCGACUCCCCACCAUCGGUCGCCGACUGGCGCAAAAGAUUGAGGAGAUUGUUACGACAGAUAAGCUGAAGAGACUUGAGUGUGCAGAGGAGGAUCCUACAGACCACGCUUUGCAAACAUUUUUGAAGAUUUACGGCGUGGGAAACAAAAUAGCAGAGCAGUGGAUUGCGCAGGGCUGGAGAACACUCGAGGAUGUAAAGCAGAAUGUGAAGUUGACGCCUAGUCAGCUGAUUGGCAUGGAGCAUUACGAUGACUUGAACACUAGGAUACCGCGCAAGGAGGUGACUGCGCUGGGCGAGGUUGUCAAGAAGGCGGCGGCUCGGAUCGAUUCGGCAGCACAGCUCAUUAUUGGGGGCAGCUACCGCCGAGGCGCGGAGAGCUCUCACGACAUCGACUUUAUUGUAACGAAGCCAGGGACUGAGUCUGUGGCGGACCUCAAGUCCCUUCUAAACAGCCUGUUAGACCAACUGGAGAGAGACAAGUUCCUAGUAGCUCGUCUAGCAUCAUCUCGAUCAGGUGGCGACGGGAGCAAAUGGCACGGCUGCUGCGUGCUACCCAAAAUCAAGGGCCUCAACGACACGGACGGCGAAUACCGGCCGAUCUGGCGAAGAAUCGAUUUCCUGCUGGUCCCCGAGGUAGAGCUGGGCGCGGCGCUGAUUUAUUUCACCGGCAACGACAUCUUCAACCGCAGCAUGCGGCUCUUGGCCUCUAAGAAGGGCAUGCGGCUGAACCAGCGGGGACUGUAUAGAGAUGUGCUGAGGGGGCCGAAUCGAGCAAAGAUUACGGCGGGGGAGCUGGUGGAGAGUAGGGAUGAGAAGAGGAUAUUUGAGAUUUUGGGGGUGAAGUGGCGGGAGCCGUGGGAGAGGUGGUGUUGA